AUGGCCGGCACAUUGUUGUUGAGGAGAAAAGAUCAACUAAUCGAGGCAAGUAACACCAGAGGACGGUUCAUACCUGGCAGAGCUCCAGGCUACAGGGGUGAUGGUGCAAGAGGCCGUGGAAAUUACGGAAAUGGGAGAAACUAUGGCCGUGGUGACUUCAAUGGCAGGGGAGACUAUGGUUAUCGGAAUGGUAAUCGGGGAGGGUUUUCAAGCCGUGGCGGUGACGGAUAUCAGAGAAACGAUCAUCAUAUGGGACCCCACGGUGGCCGCAUGAAUCGUCCAGGUGGGGCUGCUGCUAAUCCACCCUUCAAACCCAAUGGUGUUCGCGUUCCUGCGUCUGCUUGA